AUGAGUGAGCAGCCCUGGAGGCACUUUGCUCUCAUAUUAUCAUUCACAGAUGAAUAUCGCCACCUAAGAGUCUUGAUGUAUGAUCACUCUGGUGGUGCUGUGUCCCCUCGCUUCGAUAUCUACACACAGCCUGACAUAUUCUCGCAUAUCAUUGCGGCUAUUACUUUUGGGAGUCUGGAGUGUGUCGGCUAUGAUCCCACUGUUUCCUUCUCGAGGACUGUUGCAGCACCCCGAAGCAAAGAUAUCUGUGUCUAUCGUCCCAUCAAAAAUGCUUCUGCCCGACGUACUACGACAGAUAAUGCUGUUGCUGCAUCCACCUCCGAUUCUCUUUCAUUUCCCGAGGAUCCCGAUGGAGUGUCCAGCGAUGCUCUUGAAUCGUCAAUCUCCGAUAACUCUGAUGAGUCUUCUAAUGACUCUACUCAUGACUCAAUGCAAGGGAAUCCGAGCGGCUCUCCCACACAUGACUCGAUGGACGAAGGGUACUUCCCUGCCCCUCCCCCCCCAGUGCACCCCACUGCAACCCACAGUGCUCCCCUUGUUAGCCUCGCAUCCCAAGUACCCCAGGCUGAGAUGACCGAGAGCAUCUAUUCUGUUACCCCUCUCCCUUCCCAAUUCCCCUAUUCUACUCAAUCACCUGAACCCUGCGGCAAGAUCCGCGUAGGGCAGACAAUCUACACCAUAAAGAGAAUUCUUUUUGCAAGCUGGGGCCUUGUUGGUCGUGGCACCGUUUGCUACUUAGUCACCUUAGACGAUGAAGACUAUAUCAUCAAAGACCAUUGGGUUGUGGGUAAGAACGAUCGGGUAGUCCUGAACGAGAUCAAGAUGCUGGAGUUGAUGGAUGGUGUCCCUGGCGUUCCAAAGCUGGUAGAUUAUUGGAUCGUUGAAUGGUCAGAUGGCACGCCUGACGUUACCAAAAAAUAUCGGAAAAAGGAACGCCGGAGCACCCAGGGCACUAGUCGCACUCAUGUGCAUCUUGUCUUGAAGCCAUGUGGUCACCCCCUUCACAUGUUCCGAACACUUAAGGAGUUUGUGCGAGCACUAAGAGAUAUUGUUAAGAUUCAACAAACUGCGGUGGAGGAACAUCAGAUUUUGCAUCAGGAUUGUAGUCUUAACAACGCGAUGAUCCUAGACGACAUUAGUGGCAGCGAAGGCUUUCUUAUUGACUGGGAGUUUGCGGUUCGCAUUGCUGCAGAUCAUAAAUAUCCCCUUGGUGGUACAGGCACAGUCCCUUUUAUGUCACGUGGGCUUCUUAACCAAGUCUCAGUCAUCCAGCAGGAAGCUGAGUUGGAAUCUCAGGAGAAAAAAGUGACUCGGGGACGCAAAUCAGUCGAAAAACCAAAAACCCUGAAAUCGUCCUCUGAUUCUAAAGCGCUACCUGUAUCAUACGUCCUUCAAACUUUUUCGGAUGACCUGGAGUCCCUUUUGUUUGUGUUCACAUGGGUUUGCAUCAAGUUCUGUGGUCCCAAUGGCAUGGUGCGCAAGGAAUGCUCGCCCAAUUCGUUACUAAAUCGAUGGACCAACCUUGACCUGGCGUCAUGCGCCACCUUCAAGAUCACUUUUUUUGCGAAUCCGACAGAUGGAAAGCAUCUUAUAGACGAAUUUCACCCAUACUUCAACCCCCUGAUCCCCCUUGCAAUAGAGUGGCGUAGAGUUCUGGUGGACAACAUGAUCCACCCCGUCACCUUCGACACCAUUCUUGGUGUACUCAACUCUCAUCUUGACAAGCUUCCUGACGAUGAGGAGCUCGUAUCUACUGUGAACAUGCUCAUGAAUGAUGCUGUCAUUCUCACAUGUCGUGUCAAGGGCAAACAGAUUGCUUCAGAGUCUUUCUCUGUGGCAGCCACAACACCCAAGCGGCAAAAGUCUCACCAUGGUGAUACCGAGUCCGACUCCUCAGCAUCAGGCAGUGAUGCAUGA